GGCGUUAGCUAACUUGCUAAAGACUUUCUGAGGAGGAAUGCUAACGUUUCUGGAUUAGCUAGCAACACCUCAGCGUAUACUUUUACCUGGAAUAUUUUAUACAUUUUAUUGGUUUUUUUUUUAGACUGGGGGCUAAAUCGUUAAACGGUUAAAUGUUUGUAGGUAACGGUUAAGUGAUGUGUUUCGAAUUAAAAUAAGAAGAGGAGUAGGGAGAAACAAUGAAAAGAAUUUAAAACUGAAUUGAUUUAGAAAGGAGCGCGCGACCGGGAGAUUUUUUUUUAAUCCAGUUAGCUAGCAGGCUAGUUGAGAAACUAGCCUUGCUAGUUAGCUAGGUGUUUUUGUUUGUUUUUAACGCUAAUACAUCAGUGUUUUUAUUUGCGGUCCGGCUGUGAGUUUUUAUUUCCAUCCUGUGUUUGUUGCCGUGGAUGGCGCCGCAGAAGUACCCGGGUCAGGUGGUGAGCGCUGCUGCGGGCGGCAGGGCGAGUGGAGCGGUGUGUGUCUCCGCCGUGAACUCGGUGAAAAAGCCCAAGAUGGAGCAGAUCCAGGCCGACCAUGAGCUCUUCCUGCAGGCCUUCGAGAAGCCGACACAAAUAUACAGGUUUCUGCGCACAAGGAACCUCAUUGCUCCGAUUCUGCUCCACAGGUGUCUCACGUUCAUGUCCCACAGAAACUCUCGAACAAACGCUAACAGGAAAGCAUUUAAAGUAGACAACAUGCUGGCAAAGGUGGAGAAGAUGAAAGGAGAUCAAGACUCACACAGUUUAUCGUCACACUUGCAGCUGACCUUCACUGGGUUCUUUUAUAAAAACGAUAAGCCAUGUCAAAACUCAGAAAACGAGCAAAACUCGGUUUCUCUGGAGGUGCUACUCGUCAAAGUCUGCCAUAAAAAGCGAAAGGAUGUCAGCUGCCCCAUAAAGCAAGUGCCUACAGGGAAGAAGCAGGUGCCUUUAAACCCGGACGUGAAGCAGACAAAGCCGACGUCGUUCCCCACGCUGCUCGUGUCCAGCACUGAGUUCGAGCCGAGCAACAGCCACAUGGUGAAGUCUUACUCACUGCUGUUCCGAGUGUCCCGGCCUGGAAAAACACACUCCAGUGCCUAUGUCAACGGCGAGACGGAUGAGAACAUGGAUGUGAAGGAGGAUCUGUCGAGCAGGAAGAAGAGGGGUGUGUCUCACCGCGAUGACGAGGGAAACGCCGCCGAGACGUUCGUUGCACAGAUGACUGUGUUUGACAAGAACAGACGUCUGCAGUUGCUGGAUGGUGAGUAUGAAGUGUCGAUGCAGCAGAUCGAAGACUGUCCUGUCAGUAAGAAAAGAGCCACCUGGGAAACCAUCCUGGACGGAAAGAGGCUGCCUCCAUUUGAAACGUUCUCUCAGGGACCGACUCUACAGUUCACACUACGCUGGACCGGUGACCCAAACGACCCCUCGACGGCUCCUGUAGCCAAACCGCUGUCCACACGCAACUCUGACACCAGCGGACCUGAAAUUCGCACCCCCACCCUCAGAUCUGCCCCGGCGGUAGUGAAAGACUCGAUGAACAGCAGCAGCAGCAGUACAGGAGGAGGGGGAGGGGGAGGUGGAGGAGGUGGUGUUCAGACGAGGAGAGAGCAGACCGUCUCUGAGCCCAGACAGAAACUCCGCAUUUUCUAUCAGUUUCUGUACAACAACAACACGCGGCAGCAAACGGAGGCCCGCGACGACCUGCACUGUCCCUGGUGCACGCUGAACUGCCAGAAACUCUACAGCCUCCUCAAACACCUCAAACUCUCACACAGCCGCUUCAUCUUCAACUACGUGCCUCAUCCCAAAGGGGCCAGGAUAGACGUGUCCAUAAACGAGUGUUACGACGGCUCGUACGUAGGGAAUCCUCAGGACAUCCACAGCCAGCCCGGGUUCGCCUUCAGCCGCAACGGCCCCGUCAAGAGGACCGCCGUCACCCACAUCCUCGUAUGCAGGCCCAAACGCACAAAGCCGAGCCUGUCAGAAUUCCUGGAGUCGGAGGACGGCGAGCCGGAGCAGCAGAGGACGUACGUGAGCGGACACAACCGCCUGUACUUCCACAGCGACAGCUGCAUGCCACUGCGUCCUCAGGAGAUGGACGUGGACAGCGAAGACGAGAGAGACCCCGAGUGGCUGAGAGAGAAGACCUCCACGCAAAUCGAGGAGUUCACGGAUGUCAAUGAGGGAGAAAAGGAGGUGAUGAAGCUGUGGAACCUCCAUGUCAUGAAACACGGGUUUAUAGCAGAUAACCAGAUGAACCAGGCCAUCAUGCUGUUUGUGGAGAACUGUGGUCCUCACAUUGCACACAGGAACCUGUGGCGCAACUUCCUGCUUCACCUGGUCAGCAUGCACGACUUUAACCUGGUCACCACGGCAACCAUCGACCGGGCGAUGACGCGGCUGCGGGAGAUCCAGGCCGAGCUGCCCAAGCCAGAGGAAAACGCCUGUAAUGGCCACGUCGUCUCCUCAGGGUUCUCCCUGCACGGCAAACGCACCAAGAGUGGCGUCACUGACUGAACACCGAACGCCUCCGCAACUCCGAAAAUCAACACCGCUGUGGUUCGGUGCCAAAUCUUUACAACCCAGAAAAAAAAACUGAUACGGUUUCAAAUUCUAGAGCGAGAACUAAAGUAAUAGGAUUCACACAGCUAGCUGCUCGGAAUCAUCAGAAUUUUACCUUUUUUUCCCCCCUCUGAUUCUACAAAAUGCAGAAACUGUUUUUGGUUUUCUAGAACUGACCGAAACUGCCGUUCUCUUACAGCACGUUAAAAUUCACUGCUAUGUUCUGAUAAUUAGCUCAGCGCUCGUGGAAAAUCAUGAAAAAUAAUUUCUGAAAAUUUGCAGAAUAGUUUAAAGAAAGUGGGUUUUUUUGUUGUUGUUUUUUUUAAUUCUCAAGAUUUAAAACAUUUAGAAAUGAAUGUUUUACAGCGGAGGCUAAAUUUGUAGACAAAGACGAGCUGCUGCCGUUGUAAAAAAAAAAAUCCAUCAAUUUUCUGCACAAUUCUAGAAAGCAUUUCUUUCUGACAAGUUUUCCAGAUUUUAACAAAAUGAUGAUAAAAAUAAUACCAUAAGAUUUCCUGCCACCCAACAUCUAGAACGCUUCACAGUUCUUUUCUGUCAGCUUGAUAUUUCAUUUGAAUGUUUUCUCUUCAAUUCUAUGAAGCAUUUCUUUCCAGUUUUCUAGAAUUCAGUAAAAAACAAAAGCUAAAACUAGAUCGUUUGCAGUGCACCGGAGGUCAUCAUAUUUGCAGCCCUAACCGACUCUAUUUACAACCAAAUUCUACAGUUCUGAGCCAGAGCCGAGUUGAUUUUGGAGAUGAUUCUUAACAAAAGGACGUUUUAGACUCAAACGCCACUUUUAAGGACUGAAGCAGCUUUUUUGUGACGUUUUUUGUAUCACACACACAACACUGAGACUGUUUUGUUUGUUUUGUUUUUUAGUUUGUUUUCUCUGUUUGUUUAUCUCCAGAUUCCUUUCUGCCAUUAUCAUUAACUCUAGAAAGGACAUCCUGCCAGUCCUGAUUAUUUUUAAUCUUUUUUUCUUUUACAGUCCGUUAGCACUUCAUUUCACUUAUUUAGUGAUUUUUAUUUUUCCCCCCCAUCCUCUCUGAGUGCGGCACUUUGCCUCAUCCAUCUCAGCGUUAUUAAUUAAUUACUUAAUUAAUCAGCAAUAUUAUCUGAGCUCAUGCUUGUAUUUUUGCCUUUAAUGUCAGUUAAAGGUGCACAAGGAACAAAAUUGGACUUUUAUUGGCUUUUAGAAAUGAACAAAUAUAUGGAUGGAUGGAUGAAUGAAAAGAGGGGCGGAGCAUCUCAACUUCAUCCCUCUGACCCCUGACACACCCCCCCCCAAAAAAAAAACCCGAACACACGAUUAGAAUAGUUUAAUAAUCUGAUCAGGAUGUUAAUCUUGCAUCUGGUAAAUAAGUGUGUCGUACUUUAUAAAAUGCCAAAGCACUCAGUUUUUUCUUUUGGUUUUUUUUGUUUUUGUUUGUUUGUUCCCCCCCUUCACUCAGUAUACAGUGUAUAUUUCAAAUUGUAAACGAAAAAUUGCAUAGGUUUCCCUGUAAUGUGGAAAUAUGACAAAUUAAAAAUGUUUUAAAUGAAAA